ACAGUCUUGGCACGCUAGACCAGAUUCUGCAAUGAAGUGGCGGGCCCACUUCCUCCUUGCCGCGCCGCGUGAGAGGUCGACAGCCGCGCGCUCUACGCGAAACUCCAGAAAUUGAUCAAGAGCUUUGCGGAUAGCUCUCAGCAGUUCGACAUUUGCGCUCGAAUCACUUCUUAUACCUCUGUCUGAAGCCAUCAGUCAGUUUCGAGUCGCGUUGCAUUUCCCUUGACCGACCGUUCAUCACGCAGCGCCAUCUCCAACAUGGAGAGCUUCGAUAAUAUCUACCUGGACCUGUCAAAAAACCCAGGAAAAUGCAAGCUGGCAGAAAGUGGUCUGGGAUGGAAGCCGUCAGGCGGAGGUGAUACGUUUACCCUGGACAGCAGCAACAUCGGUGCGGCGCAAUGGAGCCGAGCGGCGAAGGGAUAUGAGCUGAAGAUCCUGUCGCGGACUUCUGGUGUCAUUCAGCUAGAUGGUUUCGAACAAGAGGAUUUCGAGCGAGUUAGCAAAGCGUUCAGGAUCUGGUACGGCAUCAACGUCGAGAGCCGCGAGCACGCCCUCCGCGGAUGGAACUGGGGUAAGGCAGAGUUCACCAAGGCAGAGCUGGCAUUCAACGUGCAGAACCGUCCCGCGUUCGAAAUCCCAUACACUGAGAUCUCCAACACCAAUCUGGCUGGAAAGAACGAAGUGGCGGUCGAAUUUGCUCUUCCCACAGAUGGCCAUGCAAACGGUGCGAAUGGCCGGCCAGAUGGGAGCACAAAGAACCGUGGUCGGAAGGCUGGUGCUGGCGCGGAUGAACUCGUAGAAAUGAGAUUCUAUAUCCCAGGCACGGUUGUCAAGAAGGAAAAGGAGGGAGACGAGGAGAACGAGGGAGAGGAAGAAGAGCAGAAUGCGGCCAAUCUCUUCUAUGAGACCCUCAUGGACAAAGCUGAGAUUGGAGAUGUGGCCGGUGACACGUUCGCCACUUUCCUGGAUGUGCUACAUCUUACUCCAAGAGGUCGGUUCGAUAUCGAUAUGUACGAGUCCUCUUUCCGGUUACGUGGAAAGACGUACGACUACAAGAUCCAGUAUGCUUCGAUCAAGAAGUUCUUCCUACUACCCAAGAACGACGACACCCAUACGCUUAUCGUCCUGGGUCUCGACCCUCCGCUCCGUCAGGGUCAAACGAGAUAUCCUUUCCUUGUCAUGCAGCUGAAGCUGGACGAGGAAAUCAGCAUAGAACUCAAUAUGACCCAGGAGCUCCUUGAGACUCGAUACAAGGACAAGCUGGAGCCUCGCUAUGAGGAGCCUAUCCACCAGGUGAUCACGAAGAUCUUCCGUGGUCUUUCGGGCAAGAAGGUCAUCAUGCCAUCCAAAGACUUCGUCAGCCACCACGGACACAGCGGAGUCAAGUGCUCGAUCAAGGCGAAUGAAGGUCUCCUGUUCUGCCUGGACAAGAGUUUCAUGUUCGUUCCCAAGCCGGCCACAUACGUCCAGAUCGAGAAUAUUGCCGUAAUUACAAUGUCACGUGUUGGUGGUGCCGUGUCGGCCAGCAGAACCUUCGAUAUCACGAUGACAUUGAAGGGUGGAAUGGGCGAGCAUCAAUUCAGCAACAUCAACCGUGAGGAGCAGCAGCCUCUGGAGGAAUUCUUCAAGGCCAAGAACAUCCGGUUCAAGAACGAGAUGACGGAUGAUUCUUCUGCACUCCUGGCGGCCGCUCUGGAUAAUGAUGAGAUGAUGGCCUCCAGUGACGACGAAGGCGGACGCGCCGACCGUGGCUCGGCCGAUGAAGACGAGGAGUCUGUGGAUGAGGACUUCGAGGCCUCCUCAGAGUCUGAUGUGGCAGAAGAGUACGACUCUGCUCACGAGAGCAGCGGCGGCAGCGGUAGUGACGCGGAGAUGGAGGACGCUUCCGGCGCAGAGGAUAACGCCUCGGACGACGACGAAGACGAGCGUCCCAAGAAGAAGAGCAAGACUGGUAAAUGAAGCCAGGAGGAAUGAUGAACGUGGAUUUAAAUGCUCUGCGCGAGCGCAGUGCGACAGUGAUGCAUGCAUAAAAACUGGGCCAUGACUACUCUGGGGAAGGGGAGAAUGGCACAUAGCGUCCUUUUUUUUUCUUGGUUCUGGUGUUCUCAAUACCUUAUGUUCUCGCUCUUCCUUCUAUUUUUGUACUAUCAAGGGACCGAAACUGAUCUGGCUGUAUUAACUUAUGACCGUUUGGAUUCCAAAAAAUUCUAAUUAUUAUUAGUCGAUAUCAUUAGUACUCUCCUUCUUCCCGAGCGUUCCAACCUGGGCUAGCCCAUGAACUGUGGGGAAACAGUUGUGCUCAAGACAAGUAAGUGGACACGUGCAGGAUCGAGGCC